AUGUCUCCCAUCCCGGAUCGGGUACAUGCUUCGACGUCCCUCAUUCCUUUCCUUGACGGCGACUGUAGAGAGCUUUCUCUCUCCAUCCCAAAGCACAUCACAUCUUGACAAUAGGAAUGUCCUAUCCAAAAUCGACAGGUGCAGGUCGGAAAUUCUCCAUUAUACAAGGUAGAGAGAAUGUUGGGUGCAGGAGGUUUUGGGCUGGUCUACAUUGGACGAAGGGUGGCUGGUGGAUCUCAGGGCGAUGGGCCCAAUGCCUUUAAGGUUUAGUUUCAACCUCCCAUCACUCCUGCCAAGGGAAUCUUUAAAUACUGCUGUUUUAUGUUGUCUCUUUCAUUUUCCUGCGGUGGGUGUAGGUAGCACUGAAGUUUGAGCAUAGAAAUAGCACGGGUUGCAGAUUUGGCCCCCCAUAUGAAUGGCAAGUUUAUGAGUAAGAAGACACCCCCUACUGCUCUAAUUUAUUACGUAUUGUGUCGAUCUAAAACUACGUUCUUCAUCUGACUUUGUGAAUAUGGUUUUAGCCAUCUCAAGGGAUGCUAUGGAUUGCCUAGGGUGCACUACAAGGGCCGCCAAGGAGAUUAUUUCGUCAUGGUUGGCGUAGAGUCUUUCAUUUUAUUGUUUCCUCGAAUUAUGUUUUUUAUUGAAAGCUAAUUAUGAUAUUGUUGAUGAUGAUUGCUGCAGAUCAUGGACAUCCUUGGACCAAGUCUCCUGGAUGUGUUCAUAUCCAUUGGGCAAGUGUAAGAAAAUAAUCUUGACUUCAUAUUCAAAGUCAAUAUUCUGUUGAGAAUUGUGCUAUUGAGUUUGACUAACUCCUUGGACAGAAUGCCACCAAAUAUGGUGGCUUGUAUUGCUGUGGAGGCAAUAUCCAUCCUUGAGAAGCUACACCAAAAAGGGUACGUAUGGCUUUGUGGCAGUGUGAUAUUUUUUCAAUUAAAUUUUUGCAAAGGUCACAGUAAUCAAUUCAUUGCUCCCUUGUGCACUCCCCUCCCUCCCUCCACCCACACAAAAAAAAAAACAUGCCAGGUUUGUGCAUGGAGACGUCAAGCCAGAGAAUUUAUUGUUGGGUAAACCCGGAAGCUCAGGGGAGAAGAAGCUUUUUCUCAUCGACUUUGGGCUGGGUAUGUUGCUGCAUUCCAAUCACUUCUUGUUUUCACCUUUCGCACCUAUUGAUUUUAGAGUAGGGUUUGUUUUUCCAAGUAUAUAAACAAAUUCGUCUUGACUGAGAAGUCCCUGUCUGUAUCAACAUCAGUGAUAUUUUUGUGCUUUGUUCAGAGCCUGUACAAAUGCUAAUUGGUGUCAUUAAUAUUUUAAUCAGCUUCAAUGUGGAGGGACAGUUUGUCAGGCCAGCAUGUCAGCUUAUGCCAACAGCCAGAUAAUUUCAGGUUUUUUGGGAAACGAUAUUCUAUUUUUUCCCUAAAUUCUUAGCUAAGAGGAGGAUUCAUAAAAUCUUACCCCUACCUUACUAUCUAUCUCAUGUUCCCUAGGGGCACAACACGAUAUGCAAGCGUCCAUGCACAUUUAGGCCUCACAGCGAGUAGAAGAGAUGAUCUUGAGUCAUUGGCCUACACUCUGAUUUUUUUGAUUAAAGGAAGGCUGCCGUGGGAAGGCUAUCAGGUUUGCUUUCACCUCUACUUGUACAUGUUCUCCCAUCUCUUUGAUUGAUCACUUGCUGAUUCUUAUGCCAACUAUGUAGGGGAAUGACAAGAGGUUUCUAGUCUUCAUGAACAAGACUGUAACCUCCCCCGAGACGCUGUGUGGUGGCUGUCCCCCUCCUUUUGCACAAUUCCUUGAAGCAGUGAAGAAGAUACAAUUUGUUGAGCAGCCCACCUACUCGAAGCUCAUUUCUCUUUUUGGAAGCUUGAUAUGCCCCCCCUGCACCCUGUUAAAGACCAUUCGGAUUGAUGCAAUUUUGAAGGUGGUUGCAAACAUGACAUCACUGAAAUUACCUCACAUAUUUUUAUUUUAUGUCAGAUGGUUUUAUCUCUUUUUCAUGGCUCUAUCAUCUGUUGUUAAAUAGGCUGACCAUGUUUCCAACAGGUUCACCAAAAACGUGGAAGAUUGCAGGUAAAUAAUGAAGAAGAUGAGUGUCAUAGAAAGAAACGGAUAAAAUGUUUGAUUGAUGACAGACCAUGACCAUGUACAUGUAAGAAUAUAAAUAAAAUCUGUAAAGUGCCAAUUGAGAAAACAUAAAUCUCAUGACUAAAUUAUUUAUUAUUAUUGUUAUUAUUUAUUCAUAAAGAAAACGAUAGUUUAAAAGCCUCAUAUUAAGGGCAUGAAUAUAAUACUUUUUUAAUGUAAUCAUAGCUAUUGAUAAAGGUGUGUAAUUAAUAUUUAUGCAAAAACAGAAACUAUAUCAAUCAAUGAUAAUAAUACAAGACAAUCAUUUAGAGGGCGUGAGUAUAAGUAGAUAUUUAUAUCAUAGUUACUCUUGCUAGGAAUAUGUAUCAUUUAUUGCCAACAUUUAAACUUUAGAAAUGUUUUGUACCUACUAUCUAUUCACCUUGGAAAUGGCACCACUUUGGACGUAACCUAUUGAGUACAGGAAUAUAAUAUGUUUAAGUACAUUCACACUUACAAAUUAUCAGAAAUAAUUAUUAGACCGAUAAAUGUAAAUUUUAUGCAUAAAUAAUGAAUAUUACUUUUUUAUAAGAAAGCUGGCACAUAAAAAUACAGUAUUAAAGGGAAGAAAUCUAAUAUUAUUUCAUACAAUCAUAAUGAUUAGUUGCAAUGAAUAAUUACUAUAGUUUACCAAAAUGAAAAUUUUAUCAGUAAAUAAAUGAACACUACAAGUAUUGGAUUAAAUGGCACAAAUUUGAUAGUUUAGGUUAUAUUUAUAAUUACUAAUCACUAUGAUUAAAUAUUAUUUAUUAGAAUAUGUAAAGUUAUGAAGAAAUAAGAAUUAUGUAUUGGAAGCUUAUGUGUCCACCAAAGGACACACAUCCACCCCAUAAUGUGUUUAGAACCACAUGUAGUCCAAAACUAAAAGUAAUGUAAUGUCGUAAUUGGUUCCCAUCAUAGUAUAAGUAUGAUUUCUUUAGUGAUGAUCUAAAAAUUAAGAAGCAUCUAGAUUCAUAGAAGAUUGGGUAGAUAAAGAGGAGUUUGAAAUAAAAGUCACAUAGCUAUGCUUUGUAAUGUUUUCAAUUUGAAAAGCAUAUCUUGACAAAGUUAAAUCUUAUAUGAUUCACAUGGGUGAAUGUCAUCGUAUAUACUUUUUAUACAUUGCACCCUCUAGAUGUUUUCCUAAACUUGAAGCAAAAUGUACCCAUCGUCAAAUCUUGAUUCAUUCCAUUGAUGAGUGGAAAAUAAAUUUCUUGUCUAAAGUAGGACUUUUAGUAUAAGUAGGAAAGUUAAUGUAUUAACAAGUGUGCCGACCAUCACAUUUAUGAGGAUGAUGAAUUAAUCAUGGAAACUAUUUAUUGAAAAAAAUUAUUAUCUAUUUUGACUGUAGUCUAAUGUAAAAUUGUAAUUAAGAGUUACAUAAUUCUAUAUGCGACCCCUAUUAAAUGUUUUUGAGCCAAAUCUAUAUUGUAUAUAAAUUUGUAUAUAGUUUUACACAUAUAAAAUGAGAUUUUUGCCUUUUUAAGAAUACAUGUACAAUAUUUUCAAGUAAAUUGAUAAUAUUUUCAAGUACAAUAUUUUUACCUUUAUUAUUUUUUAAUAUAAUGUCUUUUUUUGUCAUAAUAGGAAACCACUGAUAAGUUUUCAUUAUCAUGACUUAUUAAUUAGUAAAUAAUAUAUUUUUAACCUUAACUCAUGAUAAAUAGACUUAUAUUUCUAUUAAAUUAUGAAAAAUAGUUUUCAAUUGAUUAAUGUGAUUUUUUUAGCUAAUUAGAUAAGUUUUUUAUGUAUUUAUAUGAUUUUUAUAAUCCUAUUUUUUGAGAUAAAUCAAGAAAAAGAAAUUAAAAUAAAAAUAUAGCAAAAAGAGGGGACCUAUCAGCCAACUAGGCCUGCAAGUAGAUCAGAAGGGUAGUCAGGGGGAGCCGUGAGCAAGGGCUUGGGUGACUAGGACCAAUGGAGCCAUGUGUGCGCCACUCCCUUUCCACGUCACCGGUGGCCAGCCAAGACUGAGGCAAAGAAUGGUUGUACAUGUGAGAGAAAUAUACUCAUUACUUGUUGACGUGACUCAAUCAUUGUAUAUUAAAUCACGCAAAUCUAAAAUUUAUAAAACUAGAAAAUAUGAACUUUUAGAUAUUUAGAAGUAUUUCUAAAUAAAUAUAUCAAUUAUAAUUCAAUAAAACUUUCAUAAAUAGCAAUAAUUUUACAGGUCAAUAUUUUCAAGUAAAUUGAUAAUAUUUUCAAGUACAAUAUUUUUACCUUUAUUAUUUUUUAAUAUAAUGCCUUUUUUUGUCAUAAUAGAAAACCACUGAUAAGUUUUCAUUAUCAUGAGUUAAUAAUUAGUAAAUAACUCAUGAUAAAUAGACUUAUAUUUUUUAAAAAUUAUGAAAAAUAGUUUUCAAUUGAUUAAUGUAAUUUUUUUAGCUAAUUAGAUAAUUUUUUAUGCAUUUAUAUGAUUUUUAUAAUCCUAUUUUUUGAGAUAAAUCAAGAAAAAGAAAUUAAAAUAAAAAUAUAGCAAAAAGAGGGGACCCGUCAACCAACCAGGCCUGUAAGUAGAUUAGAAGUGUAGUCGGGGGGAGCCACGAGCAAGGGCUUGGGUGACUAGGACCAAUGGAGGCAUGUGUGCACCACUCCCCUUCCACGUCGCUGGUGGCCAGCCAAGUCUUAUGUAAGGAGUGGUUGUACAUGUGAGAGAAAAGUACUCAUUACUUGUAAAUGUGAUAUUACUAUAUAUUUGCUUAAAACAUUGGCGCACAAGUGAUGUGGGACUAAACCCACAUCACACCUUUCCUUGAAAGGCUUUGACGAUUUUAAUACCUAAAUUACUCCUUAAUUAUAAUAGAGAUAUACUAUGAGGACGUCACUUGAUAAGGGCAUUAGAGUACUUAUUUCAAUCUCUCUUAUAUAGGUGGACAAUCAGCACGGGUUUGAAUCCUCCUAGAGCCCAAUGAAAGAUUAUCUCGACUUUCCUAUAGAUCACCAGUGAAGGAUUAAGCCAUUAAAAUUGUUAGGUCAUUGACAAAAAUCUUGUCAACACAAUUCACAAAGCAUUAUUACUAAAAUUGCUGAAAACGAUUCGCGAUAAAAGGAUCAUGAAUCUAUUGAGUAAAUCAUCUCUGAUUGAUCGAUGAACAAGCUGUCGUCGAGAAGAGGACAAUCUGUCGUGAGAUGAGUCAUCACCUCCUGAGAGCAUACUAGACGCGAUGAAAAAUCUCCUCUUACUGCACAGACCUGAGGAUGAAGCUCCUUAACAUGCGUCCCACCUCCAUCUAGCUCUUCUCCAUCAGGUGACAGCCACUAGAGAGUCACAAAGUCUUCAUUUUUUUGCUCUGCUAAGUGACGGUUGUCGGAGAUAAUUUGAUGAUCCAUUUCAUUGAUCUCUAAACUUUGCAUAGAUAUCUAGAGAUUGCCCACAUCGUCCUUGUUCAAGGAGAGCCUUUGAGGCUCUGGACACUACACGACAAUCUUCCCGAAUACUCAAAAUUCUCGUGCAUCAUCGACACAUUAUUACCGUGACAUUGGAAUUUUAUUUUUCUACUUUCAACUUAACUUUUACUUCAUUUAGUGAUACUUUGUGUGAUUUAAAUUUACCAAGCUAUAUUUGAUUCAAUUACGAUUUUUCUACCUUUUACAGGUCUUAAUUUGAUUAAUUAGAUCAUUUGUAAUCGCUUACACAAGAAUCACUAGGCAGAACUUUGUUCCUGUUUGAUUUGCGUUUGUCAGGCACUAACGUCAUCCUAACAUCCGCACCCUUAUUUCCUUUUUUCACGAAUUGAAGUAUAUUUUAUUUUUAUUUCUCAGUAUAAAAUUCAUAAAAAAAUUAUAUUCUUUGAGAAAAAUACUAAAAAGUUACCCAAUAUUAUAUUACAUCUCUGUGAUCGACUUAAAAAAUUACCACUAUUUUUGUAAACUUAAUUGAAUUAUAAUUAAUAUAUUUGUUUAUAAAUACUUCUAAAUAUCUAAAAAUUAGUAUUUUCUAGUUUUAUAAUUUUUAAAUUUACGUGAUUUAUAAUACAACAACUAAGUCACGUCAAAUGGUUUUUCACCUUCCUAUGGAGAUCAAACAUAAGGCUUAUUAAGUUAUAAAGAAUCUUAAUCUUUCUUUAGACGCCAUAGGUAAGCACCAUAUGUUGCAAUUGCAAGAGCUUCAAGAACUACCCAAUGAGAUGUACGAGAAGUCUCUAAUUUACAAAGUAAAAAUGAAGGCUUUUUAUAACAAGAAGGAGAGCAGAAAGAGUUUUCAUGAGCAUCAAAAAGUUUGGCUUUACAAUUCUCGAUUGAAACUAUUCCUCGAGAAAUUAAAAUCUAGAUGGGAUGGACCAUACCUUGUGAUUAAAGUUUUUGACUAUGGUGCAGUAUUAAUUGCAGAUCUGAAAACUAGUAAAAAUUUUAAUGUGAAUGGGCAAAGAUUAAAACCUUAUUUAGAAAAUGAACCCUCCUUCUCUACCCAUUUCCACUCAAUUAUAUGAUCCAUCCAUUGAACCUCAAUCUUCUUAGAACUUUCUCUCCAUCAUGUACUCUAAGAUGGCAUAGCUUUCUUUUCCACUACAUUCCAUUUUUAUUAUUUUUCUCUAUCCUUUGAUAUUUUUCUUGAGUUUUUAUUAAGUGAACAGAUCAAGCAUUCUAGAGGAAUUGCAUAUCAUGACACAGAUUAAUACAAAAGAAAAUCAGAAGGAUGAAGAGUGAAAAUCAGUUUGCACAUUUAAUGCUUUCUCCUUUUUCUCUUAUAUAGAUAUAUUGAGGACAAUGCGAAUGGUCAUUUGGGGGGGAAGAAUAAAUGCAUGAGGGUGAAUACAUGAGAUUACAUCAGGUGCUAUAGUGCUUAUAACUAAAUCAUGAAGUUCAUCAUCUUUCAUGGUGCAUAUAACCCACACUCUUAAAUUGAGAAAAUCUACUUUGGUCUUCUGCCGGAUUUAUGUUAUGAAUUCUUAUUAUUAACUAUGAGUAGUAAAUUGAAUCUUUCUCUUUCUUGA